AUGUCGUCCGCGCUCAAACGCCUCUCCGCCCUCGCCUCGCAACUCGCCAAUUCGGCCAUCGGCAACGACCACUUCCACCGCCACAACAUCCACCAGCUCUCGCCCACCUACUGGCUCCCCCGCGCCGCCGCCAUCGAGCCCGACGCCAUCUGCCUCUAUCACACCUCCGCCAAUGGCAAAAUCGUCAAAUACACCUACGCCGAGACGGCGCGACGCGCAGCCGGGCUGGCGUACUACCUCAAGAAGAAAGGGCUGAAGCGCGUGGGCAUCCUCGCGCCCAAUACGCCUGCUUUCCUCGAGGCCAUCUUCGGCAUUGGCGGCGCGGGGGUGGUCAACGUGGCGAUCAAUUACCGCCUCAAGCCGGAGGACAUCGAGUAUAUCUUUGACCACGCCGAGGUGGAUAGCAUUAUUGUGGAUGCGGAGUAUGAGCAUUUGCUCAAGAGCUUCCGCAAGUCCCAUCCCAAGGUGCAGAUUAUCGUCGACACGGAUACGGAGCAGGACUCCGGACCAUACGAUCAUGUGGUGCUGGAGGGGCUCAAGUACGAUGAGGAGCACGGUGGCUUGGGAUGGGUAGGGCUGGAGAACGAGGCGCCGGAUGAAGAGGCCAUGAAUGCCCUGAGCUACACUUCCGGCACCACAUCUCGGCCAAAGGGCGUGGAGUAUACGCAUCGAUCGUCUUACUUGGCCGCGCUGGCGAAUAUCAUCGAGAGCAAUCUCAAUGUGCCCGUCAAGGGUGCGGAUCGCUGCCAUUAUCUUUGGACGCUGCCCAUGUUCCAUGCCAUGGGCUGGACGUUCCCGUGGGCCGUGACGGCGGUGCGAGGCACGCACUACACCAUUCGCAAGGUCGAUUACCCGGAGAUUUGGCGAUUGUUGAAGAACGAGAAGAUUAGCCAUUUCAAUGCUGCGCCGACGGUCAAUACACUGCUGUGCGCGGAUCCCAAUGCGGAGCGACUGCCUGAUGCCGUCCGAGUGACCGUGGCCGCUUCCCCACCAACCGCCCACCUCUUCGAAACAAUGGAAAAGCUGAACCUCAACCCCGUGCACGUGUACGGCUUGACGGAGACCUACGGCCCCAUCACCAAAGGCUACUUCCUGCCCGCAUGGCGCGACCUGGACAGCAAAGAAAUGUACGCGCGCAUGGCGCGCCAGGGCCACAGCCACGUGACCAACUACGUGACGCGCGUGAUCAAGACGAAGGAAGACGACGCGGGCAACAAGGACCAGUACCAGGACGAGAUCAUCGACGUGGAGAAGAACGGCAAGGAGAUUGGCGAGAUCAUCUUCCUCGGCAACAUUUGCGCCAAGGGGUACUACAAGGACCCCGUGGCGACGCGCAAGCUGUUCGCGGGCAAUGUGCUGCACACGGGCGAUUUGGCCGUGUGGGAUCCCGACGGAGCGAUUCGCAUUCUCGAUCGCGCGAAGGAUAUCAUCAUCUCUGGGGGCGAGAAUAUUAGCUCCCUGGCCGUCGAGUCGAUGCUCGUCACCCAUCCGGAUAUUCUGGAGGCGGCGGUGGUGGCCGUCAAGGACGAAAAGUGGGGCGAAUGUCCCAAGGCGUACAUUACGGUCAAGUCGGGCAAGCAGAUCAAGGGGGAUGCGGUGAUUGAUUGGGCGAAGAACAAGAGUACUAUCUCUCGCUUCAUGGUGCCGAGGGAGGUGGAGGUGUUGGACGAGUUGCCCAAGACGAGCACGGGCAAGUUGAGGAAGAAUGUGCUGCGGGAGUGGGCGAAGGGGAACAAGGACUUCAACUGA